AUGGCGACUUUGAUGGACGAGGCCAUGGAGAGCUACGCUUAUCCCUCGUACAACCCUUAUUCCUACCGCUACCAGCCGCCCAAGAGCAAAGGCGGGCAGGGCGCUUGGCGGCAUCACCACUACCAACAGCACCACCACCACCACCGCGGCGGCGGCGGCGGCGGCUACUUGUCCGGCUACAGCGAAGCGAUGGUGGCGGCGGCGGCGGCGGCCGAAUACUUCGACAACUACCAGCGGGCUCAGCUGAAGGCCAUCCUCUCGCAGGUCAACCCCAACCUGACGCCGCGGUUGCGCAAGGCCAACACCAAGGAGGUGGGAGUGCAGGUUAACCCGCGUCAGGACGCCUCGGUGCAGUGCUCGCUCGGGCCGCGGCCGCUGCUCUUUCGGUCCCGGGUCCGAGGUGGCGGCGGCGGCGGAGGAGGAGGAGGAGGAGGAAGCGUCGUCGUCGAGCAGGAACGAGGCUGCCUGGUCAGCAGCGGCGCCGCGCGGCACGUGCGCUUCCCCCGGACCAUCGCCGUCUACUCGCCGGUGGCAUCCCGACGCCUCCCGGCCUUCUUGGAAGAACCUGAGGCCCGGGAGCCGCCGACACCCGACGCCGGUCCGCCUCCAAGCACCGAGGAGAACGACGCCGACGCCGCCCGCGCCGUCGGGGCCAAAGCCGAGGCGAGCGUCGCCGAGCCUCAGGAGGAGCGGAAGAAGUCGGCCUCGGUCCCCGACGGGGCGGGAGGCUCCCCGUCGAAGCCCCAAGCCGUCGUCGGUUCGGCCGAGGAAGGAGAAAAGCGGCAAGGCGAAGAAGGCGCACCGCAAGCGCUCGGGGAGGAAGCCGAGGCGGACAAGGCCCGCGUGCGCUUCCAGUUCCUAGAGCAGAAGUAUGGCUAUUAUCACUGCAAGGACUGCAAUAUCCGGUGGGAGAGUGCCUAUGUCUGGUGCGUACAGGGCACAAACAAGGUUUACUUUAGGCAGUUUUGCCGAACUUGCCAGAAAUCUUACAACCCGUACCGGGUGGAGGAUAUUACCUGCCAAAGUUGCAAGCAGACCAGGUGUUCCUGCCCUGUGAAACUGCGCCAUGUGGAUCCCAAGAGACCCCACCGUCAAGAUCUUUGUGGAAGAUGCAAAGGGAAACGGCUUUCUUGCGAUAGCACCUUUAGCUUCAAAUAUAUUAUUUAA